GUCUGUUCUUUGCUGCUGUGGGGUGCGCGGACUAAACACCGAGUGCGGGGCAGUGUGAAGACACCCCACCUCGCCCACCUCGACGCUGAAGCUCCAGCUGAGGGUGACGCGACCGACAAGACAGCCCAGGAGUUUGUGACCGGCCAUCCGCAAUACCUGUAGUACAGACUCCAUCCACCGUGGAUCCGGAACCAGCAUUUUCUGUAGUCCAACCCGAAAUAAGCCAUCGUCAUGAGCUCCGAAGCAAGGCUAUACACCUUCUCGCAGGAGACCAAAGAUCACCUGCGGAAGUUCCGGUUGGGGACGUCACGGUCCAACGAGCCGCAAGCCGUCAUCUACAUGAUCAAUAAGCAAACCAAAGAAAUCCGCCAAGACGAGGACGGAACAGUCUACAAAUCCCUUGAGGAGCUCGCCGAUGACCUACCGGACCACUCGCCACGGUUUAUCCUGUUGAGCUAUCCGCUUACCUUGCCCUCCGGCCGUAUGUCGGUACCCUACGUGAUGCUCUACUACCUGCCCACAACGUGCAACAGCGAGUUGCGAAUGCUGUAUGCGGGCGCCAAGGAGCUGAUGAGGAACACGAGUGAGGUGACGAGAAUCCUUGAUCUUGAGAGUUCUGAGGAGUUGGAGGAGGUUCCCGCGAAGUUGGGGGCUGCGUAGCGGGGACAGUGGGCAUACCCGGGGACUCUUCAGGGGGCUUUGAGAUGGGUAU